CUUCUAUUCAAAUUAUGGCCUGUGACCCGUGUUAAUGCGUGAGCAGCCAAACCGCCAAAAAAAGUAAUCCUGGAGUCUGAAAAUUCCGAAAUCCCCACGCUUUCAUUCCGCAUUUAGUGCAGACAAUUUGUGGCGCAGCAAAAUUCGAUUUACUAGAACCUGAUCGAAGCAGAAAACAAUCGUUUGGGUAGUAGCAUGAUGCUUAGCAGGAACCGAUACCGACGGCAGCAGCUGCACCCGACUGUCUACGAUUAUGCCCAGAUACGGCCACCGAUGGAUGAUUAUUAUAUGUAUCCUUAUGAAAACUGUGACUAUAAACAAGCAGAAAGUACUGAGCAGAAUCACGCCGAUCAGAAUGCCGUAGUUGAUCCGGAAUGUUUGAUCAAACACCCGUUGCAGUUCACUUGGACACUUUGGUAUCUGGAACCAGAUCGAUCCAAAUCAUGGGAAGAUACCCUGAACGAGGUGACCAGCUUCUCAACGGUAGAGGAUUUCUGGAGUCUAUACAAUCAUAUUAAAAGCCCAUCCGACGUCAAGGUGGGCAGCGAUUAUUGCCUGUUCAAAGCGGGCAUUCGUCCCAUGUGGGAGGAUGAGGCCAACAAACGUGGCGGCCGGUGGAUGGUGAAUGUUCCCAGAACACAGCGUCAGGAUUUGGACAAGUAUUGGCUUGACACGAUUUUAUGUUUGAUUGGAGAAGCUUUUGAAAGUGCAGACGAAAUUUGCGGCGCAGUAGUAAACGUUCGUCCGAAAAUAGACAAAAUAGCAAUCUGGACAGCAAGUUUCCAGAAUCGAGAUGCUAUUCUAUCGAUUGGACGAAUCUACAAGGACCGUUUGGGACUGAAAAGUACACUGACCUACCAUUUGCACAAGGACACCAUGGUGAAAUCCGGUUCGAGCGUUAAAGCCGUUUACACGAUAAACUGAUAAACGCUAAAGCACGGUUCGCUCGCCAUCCCCAAUUUUUCAUCGUCGUUUUUUCUCUUUAUUUUUCUAUUCUCCCAAUACCAUCAUUGUACGACGAACGCGCGAAGCUCAGUCUACCCUACUCCUCUCGCUUUGAACCGGCUCGUAGUAAGGAUUCGACAGCUAAACUUAAACCAGGAACACGUAUUUAUAUUCAAAUAAUAAUAAAUAAAUGAAUUUAUACAAAAUGCAA